AUGAUCAACCUCUUCGGCUCAGCAGCCAAGAGUGUUCACACAUGGGCAAGUAGAUCUCGAAGACCCUCAACAUCAUCGGCACCAGCCGAACAACCACAAACUCAACCUCCUCUGCCACCCCUUCCACCGCGGCGCCGCACGGCCUCGCCGGUCAUUGUAGAGGACGCAUCCGACGAUGGAUCGUCCCUCAAUGGAAAUCUCCCGUCAUUGGUCACAAGAGCGGUGUACUACAGCAGUAGUGAUGCUUCGGAUGAGGACACUCCCAGUGCUCCACACUCCGCCACUGACCCACUACAGCAAGUGACACCACCACGACGGGUAACCCAAUCGCCAAUCUUUCGAACCACAGACCCCGAACACCUGCCGGGAUUUCGACCACCCACACCCCUGUCACAUCUCAGCUCUGGCAUACCGUCAGCCAUCCGCACGCAAGUUAAUAAUGUGAUGGCGACGCUAGACAACCACGGCGCCUCCCAAGCGUCCACGCGUGGCUCUACCCCGCUCAUCGCUGAGUGGCAAAGCCACCAAUCCACCAACUCGUCCCUUAGCGACUCAUUUCAAACCGGUGUGGAAGGCUCAUCCACGGGACCCUCUAUUUUCUUCUCCAAGGCGACUACCUCUUCGCGAGCCCCCACUCGCACGAAAUUCGGCGAUGGCUUUGACAGCAUCCCCGUCAUCCCAGACCAUGCCUUCGCUCUCGCCCAUGGCCCCAUUGUCAUUCUUCGCGGAAUCCCACCCUGUGGAUACAGCAGUCAGUUCCUUACUACCAUUGUUGACACUCGAGAGCUUUAUGGGGGGGUAAAUCGCACUACAAAUCCCGUCGACUGCAACAAUGACGCCUAUUUACAGCGUCUCAAGAGCAAGAAACUCCUGGUUCGCCAAGCCUCUACCGGUCACAUUAUACAGGUAUUUCCCCUUCGCAUCCUUGGUCACGACACGACAGACCAAUGCCACACUUGGCAACUAACGUCCAGGUGGCACCCAUACCUUCGAGGGUACUUCGAUCGCCAAGACAGAAGCAUGGCCUCAUCUGGAAAGGCCUACUAUGUUGUGGAUGGAUGGUAUGAUGGAUUGCCGUGCCAGCGAAUAGUCCAAUCCUUCGCUGAAGGAUGGGCAAUGCAGGCAGACGUGCUCAACAACGGUGUUAGCGAUGCACCAACCGGUUUUAAGGAGCUCAACCCGGCCAAAGAGUACCUGCGAAUGAUCCAAGCAGAACGGCCAGUGGACCCUCGCAACCGCAUACCAACCAAAUGGGUGAUCGACGCCAGCAUACUCGGGGUCGAAGAUCCCCACUACGCCUGCGCUGAGCAUUUUGGACACUCUCCUGCACAGAGAUCCUAUGGGUCCGCCGGAAUAGAUGUACCAGUGCCAACACCGUUAACUCAGCGGUCUGCCCCGUCAGCACCUAGAGAACCUGCGACCAAUCCAACGGCACCUUCAACUCCAGUUCGCAGCGGCUCCAGACAACCUCGCGCGGCUCCUCAAUUUGUUGAAGUGACAACUGAGGAUGGACAACGCUUCUCAAUUCCGGCAUCCUCCAUCAACAGGAGUGUCGGCACCUUCACGCGAUCGCGAGACAACGCCUCCGUGACCAGCUUAGACAGCUUGUGGCUCAGCCACAUCGAGUCGCAACACCACCUCAAAGAUGCUCUUGGUGCCAUUGUUCAGGGCAACCGGUUUACUCACGAUGAUCAGCUGAGAGCAGGCACUGAUCUACCCAGUCUCCCAGCAGCACCCACCUCAACACUGCUCUACCAAUGGAAAUGUGGAGUUGAGAAUGCUCUCACCGGCGAUCACUGGGAAGCUGAAGACCAGGAAAUUUGGGAAUAUUCCACCACAACCGAAGGCAACAAGGAUAUCUCGAAGGUGAUGGCUCGUCUUCUAGUGAAAGCCACAAAACAAAACCGCACCAUCACGGAUCUCCUCCAACGAGAGACCAGCCUGAAACGUCGUGGUCCGGAGCUCCUCCAGGCAAUCCUCGAUACCUUCCUUCCAGUCACCAGCGAUCGUGUGGAUGACCGAUUCGCCGAUGUGAGCACGCUCGUCCAAGAGCAGCGAGAGUUCUGUGUGUCGUUUCUCCUACGAUUGCGAUUCUUCACUCGCCAAUACGGUGCCGCCAGUGGACACAUGCUGUCAGAUUCAGUCCUACGUGGUUGGUUUAUCGCUGGCACAGUGCGCCAUGGACCUUAUCGCGGUACCUUGCAUCGCACAUACGCUCGGCUGAUUCGUCCUGGUGGGAAACUGAACGGCACGCCAACCCUCCAGUGCACUCUUGACAGCCUGGCUGAAUACUUCGAUGGGAUCCUCACAGGAGCUGAAAACAGCAAAUACUAUUGCGACAGCAAGCUUCUCGCUGGAGAACAACCCAUUCGGGCCUACGCAGCCCGUGGCAAGGCUCACAAGACGUCCAGUGACUCACCAAGUGAGUCAAGGGGGGUAGCCUUUCAAACUUCUUCUUCGCUUGACACGUCGGAUCCCAUGGCUGUGGUCGAUGCCCUCCGACCCUUCGAGGACAUCCACGUCACCAAGGAACAAGCCCAGAACGUCAUGUACCACUUUGCCUGUCCUUGGUGUGUCAUUGCUCGCAACAAGAACGCUGACAGACACCACAUGUCUACCUGCGAGCACUGCAUUCCAGGAUACAACAUCGAGUUCGACGGUGCUGCAUACAAGGAAGGAAAAGCAAACCGACGAAAACCCACACGCAACAACAAUAAUUCGGGCACAGCCCGCGCUGCUAGUCGAGGCUCUCGCAGAACCUUCGCUCCUUCGGACAGCGAAGAGGACGAUAGCGAUGACGGCAGUGGAUGUGAGUCUCCUACUACUGAUGGCGCGUUAUUAACUACUGUAGCACCACCCAACUCACCAUCUCCUGUCGUCUCUCCUCUUAGGAAAGCAAUGGCUCCGAUGGCCAGACUAGCAACCAUCCCAGAGGAACCAGAAACUGAUGGAGACGGUGACGGCUCGGUCGCAACAACAGAUAGUUAUACGUUAAACGGUAGUAGUAAUAGUAACAACCAACACCACAACACCAACAUUUCGUACAGCUGCAUGUACACCCAAAAAGGGCCACGGCUCAACGCCACAGCAGCUUACUUGGCGAUGAAACCCCUUCCUCAACAAUACGUGGCUGGACGUGCACAUAUGACUGCCUCCCGACAGCAGAACACUCUCGCAUGCGUGGACUCUGGAGCUACAGGCGAUAUGACACCGCAUCUGGAGGACUUCGUCGCCUACAGUCCACUGGAAGGACACUUCAUACGCGUCGCAAACGGAUCGCCAAUUCCCAUUCUAGGCUACGGCACAGUCCAACUUCAGAUCGACAACAAAGUAAUCAAAGAACAGAAUUGGUGGCACGUACCAGACUUAUCUACUCGAUUACUGUCCGUUCGCAAACACCGGAGACGCGGACCAGGAUGCAGCUUCAUGGCCGAUCACGAUGACUGUAUUCUGAGCUUCCCAACAUUCACCAUCCGAAUCGACGACUCCGAAGAGUGCAACGUUCCUUGUGAGAGUGCGACUCAGUGUACCAACAUCCACUAUGACGACCAGACACACUAUGGGUACACCAAACGACUGGCAAAGUCUGGAACAGCACUGCGAGUGCACAGACACUUUGAGCCAGCCCCCACGCGUCAUCCACUGGAACCAAUAGACGAGGCUGAAAUGACGAAGCCCCAAAGUCGUGAUAUCCCAAUCGCAUACACACCAGAAAGCCACCUAGGUGAGCAGACGAGACGUUUCACUGGACAGGAACUGCACCUUCUGUUUGGGAACCGCAAACUGGGUGACUAUAAAGCUGUUACCGAAGUGUGUUCCCAUGGCAAGUACUGUAAUGCGAGCGAAGCAAUACCAUCAGUUGGGGAUUACGUGAACCUCCGACGAGGAAAACGCCGUAAGAAGGCACGAAUCCCUCCUCCAGGACGUACCUUACACGCAGAUCUAUGCUACGGUGAUGGCGUGUCGCCUGGGGGCUUCCGGUACGGCCUUGCAGUGGUAGAUGCUGGAACACGACAAAACUGGUUCUAUGGACUCCGGGACUUGGAGGCAAGCUCCAUCAUCGACGCGUUGUGGUGCCUAUUUAUCGAUAUGGGGGAGAAGAGCGCAAAUGUGAGACACUUCCACUGUGACUUCGAUCAACGGUUUGUCGGUGGCAACGUACGAAAGUUUCUCAGGAGACGUGGCAUCAAGAUCUCAGCCUCUCCACCACACCGCCAUUCCCAAAAUGGUCUCGUUGAAAACCACUGGAACACGGCUGUACGAAUGGCACGGGCAUAUCUACAGGAGGCAAACUUACCAAAAAGCUUCUGGUUCUGGGCCGUCCGUGAAGCCUUCUUCCGCAUGAAUCUCCUCCCGGUCAACAUCGGACCGAAAGACUCUAGCCAGAUCCUUACCACUCCCUUUGAGCUGUUUUAUGGACAACGACCAGACAUGAGAGUGCUGUUCAAGUUUGGCAGCGUCGGUUUCUUCUACCGACCUGUUGAUGGCAGCCGAUCACGUACCAAAUUCGAGGUACAAACCUUCCCAGGGAUAGCCCUCGGUCGCAGUGACACCACAAAUGGAAUGAUCUUUUGGUGUCCAGAAACCAAAAGGUUCUGCACCGCGGCUGAUUACUAUCUGGACGAAAGUCAACACGUCAGAUGUUUCUUCCCUGAACUGGUGAACAAUGGGGGGUUUGAGUUACGUCUGUGCGAGCACGGUCUCCAUGGGAAAGCCAUCCGGCACCCUCCAGGGAGCACUGUCACAUUCCGUUUGCCAGGACCAACUCUUCAGUCCCAACGCCCCUUAUACACCAGCGGAGAAGUCAUCUCCGUCCCUCUCAAACGCGGUGCACAGUUGUACACGGUCAAACUCCAGGACGACACCACUGUUUGCCUCGACGCCGCUGAGCUUUGGGAACCAGACGACGCUCUCGCCGGUCUUGAACUGAUCGACGAUCCAGACUCCAGCGAUCCCACCCGUCCAAUUCGGCCUGACUGGCUUGUGCAGCACUGCCACGUGCGUUUCCAUCACGAGGGGCAAAUGCUUCGUGGCUUCCUGGAACACACCGACAACUAUACUUGGACCAAUCCAGCCCCGACUAUAAGAUAUGGUUUGACUCCUAUCAAGAAGAAUACGACGGCAUCAGGAAACUGA